CCAGGGAGCACUAAACUCGCUGCUACCAAGUUCCGCCAUACCUCCCUGUCCCGUUGCGCCAUGCGGCGAGCGGUAAUCGCGGCGGGCCAUGCGUGUCGCGACCACACGCGCCGCUGCGGAGAGGCGGCAGAUCCGCAGUUCCUCUUUGCGUCGCCUCAAAACCCCGUCGCUUCGCGAUUUCGCCACGUGUUCGCCCUCGCGAGCGAAUCGACGGCUUUCGUGCCAUCUGUAGCUUAUCGGACGGUUACAUGCUGCACCGAGCUGUACAGUUCAUCGCGGUCGCAUCCAGACCUAGAGUCCAUCGAUCCCGCUGGAAAUCCUCCUUUGCAGAGAAGUUCGCUAGCACUGUCGCACACAGUGUCACACACACUGUCGCACACGCUGUCGCACACGCUGGCGCACACACUUUCGCAGACCCUGUCGCAUACACUUUCGCCAGUUAGGCGUCCUUCGUUUCUCCUUCCACCCAAUCCUGCUGUCCACGUGAAGUCCUCGUUAUGGAGUCGCUCGUUACAUGUACGGGAUUUCUUCACCGCUCAAGCUCACGCAGGUGCUAGUAGCGCGAUCGCUAGUAGCGCGGAUGUUAGUACCGCGGACGCCCCACGGGAAGGGUUCGCGCUGUCAUUCUUGGGGCAAUGGCGGAAGGAAAACGCGGCGGAGAUCGGCUACCGCGUGGCGGAGCCCGCAUCGGCGCGCUUCAGAGGGGGAACGCGGGGGGAAACGGGGGGGGAAGCGGCGCAGGACGGGCGGAGUGACGUCAGCGAAGAGGCGGGCGUUGAAAUCAAGGAAAUGGACGCGUUCGCGGUGGUCCAGGUGGGCUCGCACCAGUUCAAGGUGACACCUGGAGAUGCCAUCUACGUGGAGAGGCUCAACUUUGCGCAUGUCAAUGACGUGAUUCACCUGGAGAAGGUGCUUCUGAUCGGCUCGCCCUCCUCGUCUCUCAUUGGCCGGCCCACACUCCCAGGCGCCUUUGUUUCUGCCCUUGUGGAAGAGCAUGCUCUUGACGCCAAGGUGAUUGUGUUCAAGAAGAAGAGGAGAAAGAACUAUCGCCGCACCAACGGCCACCGCCAAGAGUUGACCCGGCUUCGAAUUCUUGAAAUUUCCGGCAUGGAUGCAGCAGAGGAGAAGGCGCUUGAAGCAGCAGCAGGCUGAAGGACGAAGUGCCAGCUGUGUUUUUCUUAGGCGCCUGAAGAAUGCACUUGAAGCAGCAGCAGCAGCAGCAUGAUGGAUAGAAUGCAAAAAUGCAGUGUAAUGCACAGCAGUGUGCAGCUAUGUGCAUGAUCGAGGAGCAGCAGGGCAUGGUUCGGUUCCUUCAAACUUCCACCAGCAUUUUGGGCAUGGGUGAAACUUCGUGCAUGAGGCCACAAGGCAUGGGUGAUCAUUCUUGCUUGGGGAGGUGGGUGACUUGCUUCGCCAUUGUGGCUCGUUGAUGCCUGUGUGGGUGUAUGGUACUUGUCAGCAGUACUGGUAAACGUAUCCCAUGCAAAUGCAAUGUCUGUUGAAGAAAGACGCUGCGAAAUUCCUGUCACAGAGCAGCUACAAUUUA